GGGCUGCUGGGUGCACCUGCUCCGUUUGGGCGCAAGCUUCAAAGCGUGAGUGGGGGUGCUGGGCGCAGCUGCUCCGGGGGGGGGGGGGGGGGGGGGGGGGGGGGGGGGGGGGGGGGGGUUGGCAGUUAGAGUUCCCCGCCUCUCUCUCUCUCUGGGUGCUCUCCCAGUAGCGCUGUCGUUUCAGCGCGAAUGCCUCGUAAGAAGUUUGAUCGGACUGCUUCGAUUGAGGAAGUGCCAGAGAGGGAGGAGAGCAGUAGUUCAUUCGUUCGUUCAUUCGAUGCGCCGGAGGAGAGCUCGCGCGACAUUCUUCUUGAGAGUGCGGCGAGAGAGGAGGCGUUGAUCGGCGUGUUUGGCUUGGCGGGGAUGGUGGCCUCUCCGGGGAAAGAUGGUCGGGGAUCGGGGAGGUCUGCCUCCACGCCGGUUCCCCCACCGCUGUGGGGAGGUCCUCCGCGGAUGCCGCGUGGACAGCAGCCCUCGCCGAGGCCAGCUCCGCGGCCAGAGCCGGUCGUGGGGAGGUCGGGCGCUCUCUACCCCGGUCGACAGGGAACACAAGCUCCUGGCAUGUACUCCGGGUUCCUGGGACCACCAACGGGACGGCCAGGGGCAGAUGACGAGACCAUCAUGAUGACAAAGAACUUCAUGUCAAGCAACUUCUUUCCCCCUCACCACCCCGGCGCCAACGACGUGGCAAAAUCUGGGCCGUUGGGUGGGUGCGAUAAUCCCCUCUGUCCGUAUUGCCCGCCUGUGACACAAGCGCAGAUUCCCAAGUCGGGAAUGUUGAGACAAAGGCCGGGGAGAGGAGGUGCCGCGACACUGGUCGGCAUUCCCCCCAUGCCUACCUGGGUGAUGGCGGGGGACUCCGAUCGACCCCCCCCCCCUGGGGACUACAGGGGCCCGCCAACGUGUAUCGAGGGGGACUACGCCGGCGACUGGUCGUUCGACGAUUAUUACAAUACUAUGGUCCUUGAGCCGGGCAGGGAUGAGGAUCGCAUGGAACCUGGAUGGUGGGGUGCGCGAGCAUGGGGGGAAUUUCGUCGAUACAUGCAGGGGACGAUCAAUCCGCACAGCGCAUUCAUGAAGCGGUGGAAUAAGAUCGUCCUUGCGGCGUGCAUAAUUGCGCUUUUCAUUGACCCGCUGUUUGCCUUUAUGUUCUACGUCCUGAGGAAGGGGGGGGGGGGGGGGGGGGAGGAGGAGGGGGUCGAAAAGUUUUGUGUAGAUGUGACGAGGGGUCUUUACGGCAACAUUUUGUUGGCGUCGAGGACAAUUACUGACCUAGUUUACUGGGUUAACAUUUACUUGCAAUUUCGACUUUGCUACUUCCAAAGGUCAUCCCUUGGACCGGGAGUGCUCAUCACGGAGCCAAAGCAAAUUGCGGCCAGGUACUUGAAACGAUUCUACGGGGGAUUCGGGCAUGACUUCAUCGCCGCUCUUCCCUUACCACAGGUGAUCAUGUGGGCUGUGUUUCCAACAUGGAAGCCCGGAGAGAGGUUAAGGGAAGCAAAGAAGAUAGUGAGCCUGGUGGUGAUGCUGCAGUACCUGCCGCGAAUGGUGCGGUUCCUGCCACUCGUGUUCACUUUGCCGACAGUGGCAGGGUUUGUCUUCGAGAGCUCCUGGUUUAUGACUUGGAUGUAUUUAGUCGUGUUCUUCCUGUUUGGCCACGUAUUUGGGUGCUUGUUUUACAUGAUGGGAAUCCAGAGGGUAAGCGACUGCUUGCAGGUGGAGUGUGACAAAUAUGAAGAUAAGAGCUUGUGCGACUAUGGCUAUCUGGACUGCAGUCAUCCUCAAGGGGGGCUCAAUAGCUCUUGCUUCAUUUCGAACCCGGACUUUGAUUAUGGCAUUGUGGACCGGGCAGUGAAGAUUGUUGAAGGUCAAGGCGAUUUCAUCGAAAACAUCGAAAAGUACAUCUACUCCCUGUUUUGGGGGCUGCAAAACCUUGCUUCUCUUGCGGACAACCUCGUUCCGAGCACUAGUGUGUCGGAUAGUGUCUUUGCGAUUUUUAUUGUAUGUUUUGGUUUACUCUUGUUUGGUGUGUUGAUCAGUAACAUCCAAAACUUCAUAUCGUCACUUCUUCGCCGCAGCAAUGACAUGCAAGUGCGUAGACGAGAUCUUGAGUGGUGGAUGAAGCAUCGCCGGCUCCCAUCUCAUCUCCGGAGAAAGAUCUCAGACUAUGAACGGUACAGGUGGAUCGCUAAUCAGGGAGUACAGGAGGAGCAGCUGCUGAUAGAUCUCUCACAUGACUUGAGGAGGGAUGUUAAGCUGCACCUGUGCGAGGAUCUUGUCAGGCGCGUGGAGCCAUUUGCGACGCUCGGGGACGCACGGGUGGUGAUGGCUAUCUGCGAGCGGUUGCAGCAACGGCUGUUCGGUCCCAUGAGCGUGAUCAUUGAAGAAGGUGAGCCUGUGUUGAGGAUGUAUUUUAUUAUUCGGGGGACCCUCGAGAACACUAUCACGAUGGACAACAACGAGGUCAAUAGCUUGCUGCUGCAGAAUGGGGAUUAUUUUGGAGAGGAGUUGUUAGCAUGGUGCCUCAUUGGCAGGAUGCCUUCUGAGAAGAAAUGUAAAAAGGGAGUGGAGAACGGAGGUGAGAGCAGUGGGAGAAUGCCUUGCUCCUCUUGUCAGGUUAAGACUGUAGAUUGUGUUGUAGAUACAUUCUCGAUUGAACUCGAGGACUUGCAGUUUGUGUGCAAUAAUUUCCCGCAGCUGAAGACGGAGGAAACCAAGAGGUUGGUGAAGUACUUUUCAAUGGCCUGGCGAUUGUGGGCAACGAAGAAAAUUCAGGCUGUCUGGAAAAUCUACAAGAGGAGGAAAGCGUUAAGAGCGCAAUCAGCUUAUAUUGCACGGGCAGAGCAGACAGCAAGAUCUGGUCGCUCAGGCUCAGAUAGACGGCAAGGUUGAUGCAGGUUGACCAGAUGAUCUUGCAGGUUGUGCACUGCGUGUAAUGUUGCGGCGGUGGCUUUUUCAUUGAAGUGACUGACCGGGUCAUGGACGCUGUUGGCAUUCUUGGGGGGCCAAUCUGUCCCCGCGGAAACUUACCGGCGCAAGCGAAUGAAUGCAGUCAGCAGCAGACCAGGCGCCAAGAUCUGGGCGGUCAAGCUCGGAUAGAUGGCAAGGUUGAUGCAGUUUUGCACAGAUGCGCUUGCAGGUUGGGCACUGCAUGUAAUUUUGCGGUGGCUUUUUCGUUGAAGUGAUUGGGUGAUGGAUGAUGUUGGCAUCAUUGGCCGUUCCAUCUGUCCCAGAAAACUUGGUGGCGGAUGGGCUUGACUGCAGUCGGUGUACAUUGAAAGGGGGGUGGCGGGGAGCUCACUGCAAGUUUCUUGUCGCUCUACCUAGCCUUGAUAAGGCAUGAAGGUUUGUAUCCCUCGCAGGUGAGCUUUGAAGUUGUUGCAGUGCAUGUAAUUUGUCGUUCAUGUCCUUUGCGUUAAGUGUGUUGUUAUUGCCAGUGCUGGACUCAGGUUGCCACUAAGGUUGAGCUGCGAGUCAUAUGAAAACUUUUAGCACAGGGAAGAGGGUGGAUUACCUGAAGUCUACUGCGCUAUGGGCCUCUCUCCGGUACUCUGGAAAUGUGCAAAACGAGAGUGAAUCGUCCUCUAGAACAUGGAAAGAUACAUCGCCACAAUUUUUGUCUGUUGUGCAUGUGGAGAGUAUUGGACGGAGGCCCCAAUUACAGCAAGAGAUUGCCAUUAUCAGGAAAGUAGGUGCAGAAGUGGAAGAUUUGCCGAUUGGUCCGUGUAUUGAGAGUGAGCUGUCUGAGGAGGAGGAAAGCGCAGUUCUGCAUUCUGGUGACAAGAUUGCCCAUUGUCAGUGCGUUGGUCGCACGGUUAGAUUGGUUUCUGUAUUGUUUGCGGGAUGUGCCUGGACUCACUUCCCAUUAUUGUUAAAAUCCUUCAUGCCACUUACGCGUCUCGCUCCGGUGUCUGUGAAAAUGGUGUCCUGUUGAGGCAUUUAUUUUUCAUUGAGCAAUGAGCAUUGUAAAAUGCGAGAUGCGUACGGAAUGUUUGGCUUAGGGUCCCCAUAUUGUGGGACACAGGUUUGAGUGCAUUAUGCACUCCGUUGGUGGCACUUAUCUCAAGUGUGGAUCUGUCUAGGGUUCAUGUGAGAAAUCGGAUUUAUAUAUAUAUUCUAUUUGACGAUAUAUAUAUAUUUUUGUGUGUGUGUAUACAGGAAUCGGUUCUGGCUGGAAAUAGGUACUGAUUGGUGUCCUGAGCAGGGACAGAGCAGAGGUGGGACUUUUGCCCUGAAUCUGGAGGGAUGGGCCUGGGCUAACAGGCCAGAGAUAUUGGUUGAUGAUUGCAUGUGCAAAUAUCGUAAUUUGGUAAUGCACAGAGGCUAUGUAUGCUGCACAUAAACGUGUCCAGGUGCACCCGUUUAUGUGUCCAUACAAACAGAGGGAACAUAUGAAAUAGGCUCUCUGACUAUGGGCACUGGCAAUGCUCGCAUCUUUGCUGGCGCUGGCAGUGCUCGCGUUGUUGCUCGCAUGCUGUAGUUGCAAGGAAUCGGUUACACAUUGAUAGCAUUUUGUCAGGUGCAGCACCAGUUCAUCUUCUUGGAAGAAGUGUUUUGAUUGAAGUCAUGUUUAUCGGUGACUGUGCAGCACUGCGCCGCGUUCGAAAAGAAACGGAAAGAUGAAAAUGCCUGAGCAGCACCGCCCAUGCUCUCCCGUAGUUGAUAUGCAUGGUGUUUGAACACUGUGCUCGUUGAGUUGUCGCUUAUUUCAGGUCUUUCGAAGCGAGGCAGUCUGAUGCUCUUCUCCUUGAAAUAGGCAUCAACGCUGUUGAAAAUGCAGACUGCAGAAAUGCCCCUCCCCAUAGAAGAGCAUGCUGUCUGGUGCUCAGGCCCUUUGUGUGCCUCUUAUGCUAGCCCAGUCGUUUUUGUCUGCGGUGGUGCCGGACGGGAUGACAUAUGGCAUGGAGAUUGCUUAUGCCUGUGACUACUUAUGGACACUCAGUUAAAGGAGGGAUUGUUGACAUGCGUCGUUCUAGCUCUCUCUUCGCAUUUUCGGAGGUGAAUGGGUUGAUGAUGCAUGGCAUGGAGAUUUUACGAGGGUAAGUACACGCAUUCUGUGAGCUGGGCCAUGGCCACUUGUGGUGUCUGUGAGCAGUUGAGGCAAGGUUGGUCAGUUGCAGGCGGAAUACCCGACCCGUCACAUGCUUCAGCGGUGAACGAGGAUGAAAGAGAUUGUAUGCUCUGCACCUGCCAUCGCUCGCCUCCGUGAUGAUUUCCUUGAGCAGUUGUAUGUUUAGAUACUCGAUGGAUUUUUGGAACAACAGCUGGCAAGCGCUUUUCCCAUUAGACCACAUGCCCACUUCUUCCAGUUUGCUGAAGUUGUGCUUUGCUGAAGUACCCCUCACUUUCAGAUGCAAGGUGCAUGGAAGCCCUCUGAGAAGUACCCUUGCAGGUUUUUUCAGUGCCUGCCCCUCGUUUGAAGUUCUGCCUUGCAGAAGUGCCCUCACUUUCAGCUGCAAGUUUCAAGGAAGCCCCCCUCUGAGAAUUACCCACUCUUUCAGCUGUCAAUCCCUUUCCCAUGCAGGUUAUUCAGUGCCUGCCUGCUGCCGUUUGAGGUUCUGCUUUGCAGAAAUGCCCUCGCUUUGAGAUCCAGGCUGCAAUCAACCCCCCCCCACCCUCUCUGAGAAGUACCCACUCUUUCGGCUGGCAAUUGGUUAUUCCAUUAGAGCACAUGCCCACUUCUUCCUUUUGAAGUCCUGCUUUGCAGAAGUACCCCUCACUUCCAUAUGCAAGUUGCAUGGGAGCCCUCUGAGAAGUACCCACUCUUCCGGCCGGCGAUCCCUUUCCCAUGCAGGUUCUGAAGAGCCUGCCUGCCUCUCAUUUGGUGCACUAUCAGGGGCACAUGAAACCCCUCUCUCACAUGCACAAGCUGUCGCUCAGAAACGCAGGGCAGAUACUGGGGGAGAGGAGUAGUUUUUUUUAUGUGUGUGUGUUUUGAGGAGGUGGUUUUGAAUGGACGGAGGAGAGCAGAAUUUGAUCGAAGAAGAAAGUUGUUCAGCGCAUUUGUUCAUGUAAGAAGUGAUGGGGUAGCAAGUUCUGAAUGAUAGGGGGAGGAAAGUUGUGUGUAACACCAUGAUGCUCCACCUUUGUGGAGAGUUUUUCAAGUUUUUUGUUUAUUUUUUGGGCCAUAACGAGCGCAUAACACAUGCAAUGCUUUGAAAAUAAAAAUAAAAAUGCAGUACGCAAUGAAUGACACAUGCUACUAUGAUUAGUUAUGUGAUUGAUGUAAUAGAUUGCUAUGGGGAACCAGGCGUGCAGGAAAGAGAGGCUUUUCCAAAACAUAAAGAUUCUCUAUGUUCAUAGAGGGAUUUGAUGACGGCAAGGCUGAGCUGGAAAUGAUGUUGUUGUUGUUGUUUUAUUUUAUUUUUAUUUUUUAUAAGUAGGCGGAAGUAGUUAGUACAAUUGAUAUAUUAGACCGUAGUGGUGGAGUAGGCAGCGAGCAAAGACGGCUUCCAAAAUGCAGGAAUUUUGUAGGUUUUAUGUCGGCAAGGCUGUUGGUGAAAUUGUACAUUGAGCCGGGGGCAUCCACAGAGUUCAUGUGUAGGCCUAAGUUCGUUAGCCGUUGCAGUUAUGUCGUGCUAUAGGACGAGGACGGAGAAAGCAGUAUAUUGGAGAAUCUGCGGAAAACAAAAGCCCCCUUGCAUACUGUUCCCUUCAGGGACCCGGCCCGCCCUUUGAGCACCCACGUGUCUCCCGCGGUGGGUGUUGGGAUGUGGGAUGGUAUAGGCGGUUGGGACGAGGAAGGAGACAGACACAACCUGUCAAAGUGCACGUUGAGGGUGUGAGAGGGUGGCUGGCAAUGUGGCAUUCCUCGAGGAGGAGGAGGAGGAUGAAACCAGCGCAUUCCAUCUGGUGGUAGAUGAGGGGUGUAGUGGAACGAGUGGGGAGAGGGCUGCAGCAUGUUGGAAAAGAGCAAAAAAGACUGUGGUGGUUUGUUUAACAGGGGUGCAUGGUUGUGCAUGGCGGGGCAUUAUGACAAUAUAUAUGGCACCCUCUCAAAGUGCUGAUCUUCUACGGUACUGGGGGGAAAGGACUGGGUGUAGCAACUAGCGAUAGUAGGUUGGCGCGUCCGUACAUUGAUUUAGAUGCUGGCCAGAUGCUAGGCUUUGGCUGAAACACUCUCUUCGUUUGUUCGUUGUGUACUGCACCGUGUGACAUUGUGAAUCGGCGGCAAAGCUCGCCACUAUCGAGGUAAUCGUCGUAAGCACAGGAAUAAUCUCUCUACAUGAUUUUGCUGUCCGUCUUUGGGCCACUUUUUCUGUCAAGUGCGCUUCAUGAAUGUUCAUUUCCAGGAUGGCAUGGCUAGGUGGGGGAAUGCCGGAGAGACUGUACAGUCCAUGGAUGGUGGGAUGAGAAGGGCAAAAAGUAUGUUACUUUUUUUGGUAAUUUUUUUUUUUUUUAAUAUAAAUAAUAAAAUAUCAAUAAGCCA